UUCUUUUUUUUCCCCUAAUAAUUGAUUUAUAAAUUGCCAUCUGCGGUGUUCAUUAGAAAUAAAAGGUGGUUCCGCGGAAUUAAAAAAAAAAUAAAUCGAGGAAAAAAUCGAAAGCAAACCCAAAUAUUAAAGAUCGAAGUUUUGCUCUUUCUGUUUCUAUCUCGAGGGCUUGGAGCCGAGCCCGAACUGAGAUUCUUGUUGAUGCGAUUGAAAGUCUCGAGCUUUGAAUUAUGGAAGUGAGAUCUGAACAACCUUUCACCAUGAGCAUGCAGAAAAACCCUGUGGCUACUCAUCCCUCCCUCUCUGGUAUGCGGCUCAUGUUCGGUCCCGAGGGUUCUGCCAUUUUUAAGCCAACUACGAGCGCGUCCAACUCUAGUAGUCCAGCUUCCUCUUUUCAUGGUGGAAAUACUGGCACCGGUAGCCAACCUUCUCCUUUUCAUGGAGGAAAUACUGGCACCGGUAGCCAACCUUCUCCUUUUCACGGAGGAAGCAGCGGGACUGGUAGCCAACCUUCUCCCUUUCAUGGAGGAAGCAGCGGGACUGGUAGUCAACCUUCUCCUUUUCAUGGUGGAAACAGUGGCGCCAUUAGCCAACCUCCUUCGUUUCAUGGUGGAAGUGCUGGAGUUGGUGGCCUUUCUGACAGUGGCGGGGCUGGUGGAGAUGUAGCCUUGGCUGCUCCUGUGGUUUCGAUUCAUGGCCUGAAUGCUGGUGGUCAUGGAGAGCAGAUAAAGAAGAAGAGGGGACGCCCUAGGAAGUAUAGCGCAGAUGGUUCCAUGGCUCUUGCUCUAAGCACAGUUUCCCCAACUUCUACAGCUUCACCAGGCAGUGCAGUGUUUUCACCAUCAUCAGGGCAACCAAAUGCAGCUUUUUCAAUUUCUGGUGAUCCAACGAAGAAGGCAAGGGGAAGGCCUCCGGGCUCCUCAGGGAAGAAGCAGCAGAUGCUGGCACUGGGAUCGGUUGGGACUGGAUUUACUCCCCAUGUUAUUGCUGUUAAGGCUGGGGAGGAUGUAUCCUCAAAAAUCAUGUCGUUCUCCCAAAAUGGACCGCGUGCUGUUUGCAUUCUUUCUGCAAAUGGUGCUAUAUCUAAUGUGACGCUUCGUCAGGCUGCAACUUCUGGUGGAACAGUAACUUAUGAGGGUCGUUUUGAAAUACUAUCACUUUCUGGUUCUUUUCUUCUGUCUGAGAAUGGUGGUCAGCGCAGUCGAACUGGCGGCCUGAGUGUUUCGUUGGCUGGUCCUGAUGGUCGUGUUAUUGGUGGCGGGGUGGCUGGGCUUCUUACAGCAGCAUCUCCUGUUCAGGUCGUCGUGGGAAGUUUUAUUGCCGACGGGAAGAAAGCUCCAAAGCAUACUAAUUUCGUCAACACUUUAUCAUCGGCUGCAAAGCUUGGUCCCGCUGACGGCAUCGGUGCCGGCGCAGGCGGAGGCUUGACCGUAAGUACGAGCAGUCCACCCUCUCGGGGAACGGCGAGCGAGUCCUCCGGCGGACCUCCUAGUCCACUGAACCAAAGCACUGGAACUUUUAACAAUACCAAUCUGCUGGGCAUGUCAAACCUCUCAUGGAAAUGAAAUUGAACUUUCCUGAUAUUAUAUACUUAACCUGUACUGUAGUCUUUGGUACCUUGGUUUCUUCUUUUAUGUCAUGCACGCCUACCUGUUUCUAUUGCUGUGUGGGAUUAAUUAGGGAGGAGAACUUAGUGUUUUCAGAGUGAAGGUAUUUUAUUUUGUCUGUAGAUUUUUGCUGUUUGACCUUGUUUUUAUUUAUGAUGAACAACUUGUUAGUGAAGUGAUUUUCUUUUA